AUGGCAAAAAAGAAGAUAAAGGUCAAUAACACAAAGGUACAAGAUAACGAUGAAAGAGAAUCUAAAAUAGGCAUCGAACCCCCCCAUGAAGAAAACGAUGAGACCGGAACGAAAGAUAAUGGCCAAGAAACCCUCGAAGGAGAAAAUCAGCAGUCGAGUUUACACAGUGCUAAUCAAGAGGAUGUAGAGGAAGCUGACAAAUUCUCUCAAGAGGAAAGUCGAUCAACUGACAAUUCAAGUUUCGACAAGGAUACAGCACGGGAAGCCAUAGAAAACGACGUCACAAAAGAAGAUACUUCAGGAACAGAGGCCGGAAUGUCCACAAAUGAUAAUCAGAAAGAAGACUUGUCACUCAAGAUAAACGAAGGCCCUUUCAGACUCUCCACCGUAUUAGAAAAUGUACCAUCAGACUUGGCAUACACAUGCUGUGAAGCAUAUGACAACCAUAUAUUUUUGGGGACUACUACUGGUGAUCUUCUACACUAUUUCGAACUCGAACGUGGAAACUAUAUGCUUGUCUCUCAAACAAAGUUCGACGCAGAUUCAGAUGCAAAGAUAGACAAAAUCUUGCUUUUACCCAAGGUAGAGGGUGCGCUGAUAUUAUGCAACAAUGAACUAGUAUUGUUUAUUCUUCCUGAAUUUGCGCCAAGACCCAAUACGGUGAGACUCAGAGGUAUCAAUGACGUCCUUGUCUGUAAUUUUUCUCGAAGCUCAAACGCUUAUAGAAUAUACGCAUUUCACGCAGAGGGAAUAAGACUGCUUAAAAUAUCUGCAAAUUCAUUGGUGUUCGCCAAAACCUUUAAUUUCAAACUGAUAGAUAAAGCAUGUGCACACGAACAAACAUUAAUGAUUUCAAAGCUAAACAAUUAUGAGCUUGUAAAUCUAAAAUCAUCGCAGGUAAUUCCUCUGUUUCGAAUAAGCGAAACCGAUGAAGAACUGGAACCUAUAAUAACUAAUUUCAAUGAUGAUAAUGAAUUUCUAGUUUGUUCUGGAGGAGGAUCAUACGAAAAUGGUGCUAUGGCUUUGGUAGUAAAUCAUCAUGGAGAUAUAAUAAAAGGAACAAUGCUACUGAAGAAUUACCCAAGAAAAGUCAUUGUAGAAUUUCCCUACAUAAUUGUAGAUUCGGGGUUCCAAUCUGUUGAUAUAUAUUCUGCUUUGUCUAGUGAAGAAUCACAGUUAUUACAAAGUAUAACCAAUUCAAAAAUAGAUCUGAAAAUUUCAAGGACAGAUAAAGUUUUCACGAACACCAACACUUCUGAAGAAUUUAGAAAGAAAAUAUCCAAUAAGCUACGAUUACAGCCUUUAACCCACAGCGACAACAAGUUUAGAAUAGAAAGAGAACGUGCAUUGGUCGAAGAGUCCUAUGAGGAGAAAUCUUCUUUAGUCAUUUAUAAUAAUCUAGGAAUUCAUUUACUAGUACCGAAACCUAUGGUCCUAAGUUUUACAUCCUAUGAUGAAUCUGAAAUUGAUAAUAUUGAAGAUCAACUGAAAAAGCUUUCAAGAAGGGAUUUGACGAAGUUUCAAAAAAUUGAAGCAAAAUAUCUUAUGUCUCUUUUAUUGUUCCUAAUGAUGCUACAUUAUGAUCACAUAGAAGAUGAGGUAAUGAAAAAGUGGUGCGAAUUUUCUGAUAAGGUUGAUAUAAGGAUAUUAUUCUACUUACUUGGCUGGAAAGUUUACAGCGAAAUCUGGUGUUUCCGUGGAUUAGUAGAUAUAGUUGAACAAUUGAAGAGUCUGAAACUGAGUAAUAAAUGUGAAAAUGUCAUUAAAAUGAUUUUGAUGAUAAAAUCUGAUCUGAAGAAAAGAGACAAAAAUGGAAUUCUAGUAACUGACUUUAGUGACAUAAUGAAAUCCAUCGAUAUAACCUUGCUCGGCUUGCAAUUGGAUUCAGGGAGCGAAGUAACUAUAGACAUGUUUGAACAGGAAAGUUUUGACGAAAUUAUAAAGGAAAUUUAUUCACGUGGAGACGAUAUUUCUAGAAGAAGAUUAUUAAUCGAUAUCCAUAAAGAAAAGGGAGAGUAUGUCGAACCACUGAAACUUUUGAAAAGGGCAAAAGAUUAUAAGUCGCUGAUAUCAUUUAUUGAAGAAAACAUAAGAUGUCUUCCUGAGGAAUAUGUUAAAGAAACACUAAAUGAUGAUCUUAUUAUCAGCCUUAGACAAGGCAAUAAAAAUGCAGACAGCAAUAGUAUCAAACAGGUUCUAAAAAUAUUAGACAUUGCUGGCAUAAGUAAGAAUGAGUUUUUAGACAGGAUACCAGAGGAAGGUAUAUCAUUGAAAGUAUCGUUCAUAGAGGAGCUGGGGGUUCAGAAUAGUAAGGAUUCAAAAUUUCUUUUUAACUAUUAUUUGACAAAAUUACAAGAGAUAAUCAGCAAAGAUAAAAUAUGGUUUAUACUUGACGAUUUCAUAAAGGAGUAUAAGGACGAUUUGGCCUAUGACAAGACGGAUAUAACAAGUUUUAUUGACAUCAAAUUAAAACAUAGCGUGAAGUGUGAGAGGUUCUCAAAAUACUAUGGAAAAUGUGAAAACCUGAAAAUAGAAAAUAUAGAAGAUAGUGAAUUUAUUAAAUUUGCUUUCGGGGAAAUUUCAAAGAUCGAUAGAGAUCACAUAUUAUGCCUGCUAUUCUUUUCCAAUGAUCUCAUAAAAUGGAUUUCGCCUAAAGAGUUAUUGAAAGUAUACCUAUCGUUCAAUGACUUUAGAAGUGUAGAGAAAUUCACGGAUAAGCCGGAUCUGAUUGCGGUCAUGAAACAAUAUUUGAAGAUAACUUCUUUAAACUACUCAGUUGAGUUGAUUUCUAAUUUACUACGAAGAAAUUUUAACCUCUUAGAUGACAUAGAUACACAAUUAAUGGUGCUUGAAACUAUACCUUCUGACUUUCCUAUGCAAUCAAUAUCCGAAUUACUUUUAAAGAUGAUUAUCCAGUACCAAGAUAAGAGAGAGGAUUCUAACUUACGAAAGUUCUUACUAAAAAAUCAAAUUUCUAUUUCUGAUGAACUGAAUCGGAAUUUCGAAGCUCAAGAAUGA